GCUUUGGAGAGGUGGAACCAAGGGUUGAAGCAGACUUUGUUGGGGCAGGAGGGGACCCGGCCGGUGGAAGCUCAAGACGCAUCCAGUUUGCCUCUGAGGAGCAGCCCAGAGCCAUGUCCCUGGCUGGGGUAAGCUGCCUGGUGACAGGAGCAGGAGGAUUUCUUGGCCAGAGGAUCGUGCGCUUGCUGCUGGAAGAAGAGGAGGCGCUGGCUGAGAUCCGGCUGCUGGACAAAGCCUUUAGUGAGGAAGUGCUUGGGGAAUUUGGAAAGUUCCAUGGUAAGACUGAGGUGAAAAUCCUGGAAGGGGACAUCCGGGAUGUGACAUUCCUGCACCGUGCCUGUCAGGGCAUCUCCCUUGUCAUCCACACGGCUUCCAUCAUUGACACCUUGGGCCUCGUAGAGAAGCAGCUGCUCUGGGAAGUCAAUGUGACAGGUACACAGCUACUGCUGGAGGCAUGUGUCCGCUGUAACAUCCAGCACUUCAUAUAUACUAGCACUAUAGAAGUGACAGGCCCCAACUGCAAAGGUGACCCAAUUUUCAAUGGUGAUGAAGAUACAGCUUAUGAGAGUGUGUCAAAAUUUCCUUAUGCUCAGAGUAAGAGACUGGCAGAAGAUUCUGUGCUGCAAGCAGAUGGCCAGGUGCUUAAAGGUGGUGGCACACUGAUGACCUGUGCCCUGAGAUCCAUGUACAUCUUUGGAGAAGGAUGCCCAUUUCUUCUAGGUCAUCUGGAUAAGUGUCUGUUGAACAGAAAUGUCUACCUGCGCUUCUCCAGGAAGGAGGCUCUGGUGAACCCCGUGUAUGUGGGAAACAUUGCCUGGGCCCAUGUGCAGGCAGCCAAAGCCCUGCAAGACCCGCAGAAAGCCAAGCACAUCAGGGGGCGGUUCUACUACAUCUCGGAUGACACUCCUCAUAUGAGCUAUGCAGAUCUGAAUUACGAGCUUACCAAGGACCUAGGGUUUGGGAUUGAGCCCCAGCUCCCCAUGCCUCUGACAAUGCUGUAUUACUUCUCUCUGCUGCUGGAGAUCGUGAGCUUCUUGCUUCGGCCCUUUGUCAGAUACAUCCCCUCCACCAACCGUCACCUGGUCACUCUACUGAACACCCCAUUCACCUUCUCUUACGGAAAAGCACGGAAUGAUUUUGGCUAUGUGCCCCGCUACACGUGGGAAGAGGCAAAGCAGAGCACUGGUCAGUGGAUUGCUUCAAUGGUCCCACAGAGAAGGCUGUACUUGAAAAGCAAGGCUGCCUAAGUCUUAGGAGGAGCUGAGACCUGGCUAAACACGUAGGGCCUUGAGCCAGAGGAGAGCUGGGUGAACAGCAGCAGCAGCAGAAGAUAACUCAAAGUGUUUAAAUGGAGACUUUGUGUAUCAGCCCCUUCAUCCCCCCUUCCCAACCCAUGGCAAAUAGAAGUGCAUCUUUCAUUUGUUUGUUGAGUACAGGCUGACCAGGGUGACUUUACUGCACAGGCUGUAUCCAUUCCAACAUCUUGUGCAGCACAAAGACAUUGCUUUGGUACAACCCCACACAAUCCACGGUGUGAACACAUCAGCCCUUUUCACUCCAUGCCACCUUCAAGGCUUUUGUAAAGCACUAUUUACCCUAGAACUAUGACUACACUUUACAAAUAUAUACUACUUAGCUAUACCCUGUGCACUCACCUCUUGCCAGCCUUACCAAACACAGAGUAGGUAGAAGACACCUGAUUGCAAAAGCUGUUGCAAAUCUUGCUCACUUUUUCAAGAGCGUUGUCUGAUUUCAUGUGCCAUUCACCUGACAGUCAAACUUGAGAGCAAAUCUGGGCCCCGUAAGCAUUGCGAGGCCUAAAGCACAAAGUAAAUGAGACAUAGGUUUAGUUAGUAUGGUGUAUGGAAAGAGAGAAGGGCAAGAUUUUGUCAGAUGAGAGCUUCCUCAUCCAUUCUCAUUUUCCUAGUUACCAAUUCCAAUAUUGCAACAGAUCUGGCUGCCCAGAAGAACAACGGCUUCAACAAGAUGAAGAGGAGAAAAGUACUGCAGGACAACACCUUGGUUUCUGAAGGGUUUCGACUGCAGAGUCAUGGCACUUGUGAGCUCUGAA